GCAGUCAGAUCACAUUCAGAGCGCCAAACACACGCAAGUACACGCAAACACUAUGGGAAAUUCGUCUCGCUUCAGGUGUGUCGCUUUAUUUCUUAUUUUAUUACACCAGACGUCGGGAUUCUGGCUAUUUAAUGUUAUCUUCCCUCCGACGGCCAAACCUCGCGUCAUAAAUAACAGCACUCCUCCACUUAUCAUUGUUCCUGGAAAUUUGGGUAACCGCCUGGAGGCCAAAAUUGACAAGCCCACACUGGUGCACUGGAUGUGCUACAAGAAAAGCGAGGACUGGUUUCCUCUGUGGAUUGACCUGAACAUGUUCAUGCCCAUUGGAGUAGACUGCUGGAUUGAUAACAUAAGAAUUGUGUACAACAGAACCACUCGCAAGACGUCAAAUGCGCCCGGGGUGGAUGUCAGGGUUCCUGGAUUUGGACAGACGCACCCGAUUGAGUUUCUAGACUUAAACAAGCUGACCGGUUACUUCCACACUAUGGUUCAGCAUCUGGUCAGCAUUGGAUAUGUGCGAAACGAGACUGUCCGUGGGGCGCCGUAUGACUGGAGAAUCGCUCCGAAUGAGCAGGAGGAGUAUUUUUCACGUCUGAAGAGCUUGGUGGAAGAAAUGCAUGAUGAGUACAAGCAGCCCGUCUACCUGCUGGGCCACAGCAUGGGCAGCAACUACAUCCUGUACUUCCUCAAUCAGCAGACGCAGGACUGGAAAGACCACUACAUCAAGGGCUUCAUCUCUCUGGGGGCCCCUUGGGGAGGCGCUGUGAAGCCCCUCAGAGUCUUAGCAUCAGGUGAAAAUGACGGCAUACCCUUCGUCUCCAACAUAAAAAUUCGUGAAGAGCAACGUAUGACCACCACAAACCCGUGGAUGAUCCCUUCUGAGGAGGUAUGGCCUAAAGACCACACCUUCAUCUCCACCCCCUUUUUCAACUACACCAAUCAAGACUACAUGCAGUUCUUCAAGGACAUCAACUUUGAGGACGGCUGGUACAUGUGGGACGACACUAGAAACCUCACCGCCGGCCUGCCAACACCCGGAGUCGAGGUUUACUGCCUGUAUGGGGUAGGACUUCCUACACCCGUUACAUACAUAUACGACGAACAAUUUCCGAACGCCGACCCCAUAGAUAUUCUUUACGAUGACGGAGACGAUACCGUUGACAGCCGAAGCAUGAGUCUUUGUAAACGCUGGAUUGGGAAACAGGAGCAGGCUGUUCACGUGACCGAGUUCAGAGGCAUGCCUCACUUGGACAUGGUGUUUAAUCACAAAUCGCUCACAACGGUUCAGAGGAUUCUAGAAGGAACGUACAGGGAGGAAAAGAACGUUGGUUUUGAACAGCCGUCGUCAUUUAGUCUUGGUUUUGUCUGAUUUUUUUUUUUAUGUUAUUAUACUACCUGACAAAAGCCUUGUUGUCGAUCCUAGUUGUAAGAGCAACAAAUAAUAACUUGACUUCUAGUUGUUCAUUUGGAAAAGUGGCUGAAGAUUUUUCAGAUCAAUCAUCUAUUGAACUGCAUCCCAAUCAUCACAAAUACUGCAGCAGACCUAUUGGAACCGCAUGGUCCCAAGAUUCCCACAGAAAUCAGACAAGUUUGUUAAAGAAAAAAUCAUGGUUUAGGGUUACAUUCAGUAUGGUGGUGUGCGAGAGAUCUGCAGAGUGGAUGGCAACAUCAACAGCCUGAGGCAUCAAGACAUUUCUGCUGCCCAUUACUUUACAAACCACAGGAGAGGGCAAAUUGUUCAGCAGGAUAGCGCUCCUCAUACUUCAGCCUCCACAUCAAAGUUCCUCAAAGCAAGGAAGGUCAAGGUGCUCCAGGAUUGGCCAGCCCAGUGUCCAAACAUGAACAUUAUUGAGCAUGUUUGGGAUCAGAUCCAAAGAAUCUUGAUAAACUCUGGGAGUCCUGCAAGAACGCUUUCUUUGCCAUUCCAGAUGACUAUUAAUAAGUUAUUUGAGUCAUUGCAGAGAUGUAUGGAUGCAGUCCUCCAAGCUCAUGGGAGUCC